CUUUCUUACUUCCAGCAUAUUCCCGUUUCUUAGAACCGGUCCUCGACCAUCACUGUCCAAAAUGGCCGUCUCCCAAGAAAGAAUCACGCUCUACAACCUAGCAGACCUCAAAAACACCUCGGACGACGCCAUCCCAAACUACCUCAACAGCCUCAAAUUCCGCCAGUCGCACCGGCUGACCGACGUGCGGCUCGCCCUGGGGUACUCGGCGCUGCUGCUCGCGGGCGCCUGCUUCGUGUGGGACUGGAAGCUGGGGUUCGACUCGACAAAGUACCUGACGGCGGCCGCCGUGGCGCUGUACACGCUCGUCAACGGGGCGCUGACGCUGUGGGUGCUCUACGUGGAGCGGGGCACCGUGUACGAAGGGGUUGCGCCGUCGGGCGAGACGGUGCGCAUCGCCACGUCGACGCGCAAGAACGUGCCGACCUACUUUUUGACCAUCGACAUUGAAAGCAAGGACAAGGGGGGCAAGCACAAGAGGGAGCGUCUUGAGGUCAGCAGGGCGUUUACUGAGUGGUUCGACGCCGCGGGCCACUUUGUUGCCGCGCCGUUCCAGACGGUCCUGGCCAGUGCUGUGCCCGUGAUUGGGAGGCUUGAUCCUAAGAGGGUGGUCUCGUCCACAGGCGAUGCUACAGUGCCAGCCUACACGCCCGAGAUGCUCGACAUGCUCUCCGAUGCAAAUUUGAGCGUCGUGGGGUCCGCAGCCGAGGCGGCCACGGGGGCGGAAUCGGCGGGGAAGAAGGGUGGGAAGAGGAGGAAGGCGUAAUAACAGCGGGACUGAUCUCGGGUUUUCAUGAUGGGAGUCAAAGACAAGGGAGUCAUUUGCUGUUUGAGGAAAUAUUCAAAAGGCCUGGUAUUGAAAAUCGGCCUGCUCAGAUGGAGCAUAAAAUUAGCCUCGGCCCGUCUGCAAUUGUACAUCAUGUGGAAUUGCUUCAGAGUAAGCUGGGAAGAGAGAUACCCUUGUCUUCAUCACCCCAAAUCCUCUAUAUGCCUUUGCGAGU